AUGGUCACUGGGUUGUAUACUGGAGGAUAUGAAGAGGUUUGGGCGGAACUGAAGCGUCGCUAUGACAACGCCUAUCUGCUGUCACAAACCCAUGUGCAACGUAUACUAGCUUUGCCAACUGAUCCACGCGACACACAGAAGGUGCUCCGUGAUAUCAUCGACUGUGUACGUAACAGCUUUCGUACAUUAUCUGUCAUGGGGUUGCCGGUAACACAAUGGGAUGCGCUUGCGAUUCCAAUAUUGCUGCCAAAGCUGCCGGUAGCAGCAAGAAAUGAUUGGGGCAUGAGCCUCAAAGACAACGAUAUUCCCAGAUUGGAAGAUUUAUUGAGUUUCAUCGAGCGUCGCGCGAUGAAUAUGCCGGCUGCAUCGUCUGUGUCGCAGGGUGUGAUCACCUCUUCACGACAUACGGCACAACGUGGGGCUGGAGCACACCUAGCGUCUGCACAAGCGAAUGGUGCGAAUACUUCAAGUUGUCCACAUUGUUCGGAGAACCAUCGUCUUGCCAAAUGUCAUCGCUGGCAGAAUCUUGCAGUAACGUCUCGUUGGGAGACCGUUCGACGUUUGCGCCUUUGCUUCAACUGUCUGCGUGACGGCCAUGUCACGCGUGAUUGUUCAGUGGGAGUUUGUACGGUUUGCCGCCAAAAACAUCAUACACUUCUUUGUCGCAGUCCGACUGUUGGUGCGGGUACUAGCAUGGCCGCCACUUCCCACCAAAUGGAGUCAUCGAAUUCUAAGCCAGAACCUACAGUAUCGCAGCCUCAGGUCUUCCCACGCAGUGAACAACAGUCAGAUGUAAUUCAGUCCUUCUUGGUUCAUGGUGAUCACGUCGUGUUGUUAGCCACUGCGCAGGUUUUGCUCGCUGAUCAUCAGGGUAACCUACAUAAAUGCAGAGCUUUGUGUGAUAUGGGAUCUCAGGUGAGCUUUUUAUCAGAACCUAUGUUUCAUCGUUUGAAUCUUCGUAGAGGAUGCUGUGUCAUGACUAUUGAAGGCGUCGGCCAAAACUCAACAUACACUAAGGGCGUUACCACCCUUAACCUGCAUUCGAGGAUUGAUGAAGGGGUCGACAUUAGCUUCGACGCUUACAUUUUGAAUUCGAUCACUUCAUCGACACCCGCGAUUCCUGUAAACACAGCCGCCUAUGAGUACUUAAGUGGUCUACAACUGGCUGACCCUACAUUUGGUUUACCGGGGUGCAUCGAUUUGCUUAUCGGUGCUGACAUUUGGAGCACCAUCCUCCAAGAUGGAGUGGUAUCAGAAGGCUGUGAUAAACCAUGUGCAUUGCGUACUCGACUCGGGUGGAUUGUGUUGGGCCCGACUAAUGCCAAAUCAUAG